AUGAGUGAAUUGACAGAAGCAUUAUAUCUUGAUAUUCAACUAAAAUCACAUCACUUUCUGUUAGUGGUUAUAUACAGAGCGGACAAUGACAAGGAAUGGAAUAUUAAGGACAAAAUACUAUAUGAAAACUUAAGUAAUGCAUCUGCACACAACACCAUGGUCAUAGUUGGGGAUUUUAACUACAGGGACAUUGUUUGGCCUCUUUCUUAUAAUCAGAGCUUGCAUGACUCAGCUCAGCUCUUUCAAAAAUUCUACUUUGACUCAGCUCUAUGCCAACUUGACACCGAGCCAACCCGCUAUCAAUCCGGAAAUAUUCCCUCACUACUGGAUUUGGUAAUGACAAAUGAGGAAGAUCUUAUCUCAGGCAUUACCAACUCAGCUCCAAUUGGUAAAAGUGACCACUGUGUAAUUGAAUUUCAAAUUCAAUACCUCAUCUCAAGCUCUUCAGCGCAAGGAUUAUUUAGACAUGCUUUACAUAAAAUAAACUAUGAGAUUGUUAAUGCAGAGCUCAAAAACACGCUAUGUAAUCAUGACUGGAGUAAAUCAGUAGAUGAACAGUGGAUGGCCCUGAAGGAUGAAGUGGAAAUUGUUUUAGACCGACAUGCUCCUCUCAAUAUGGUUAAAAAAAAAGAAAAAUCUAAAUAA